AUGGCGACGACAAACGGGCGCUCUUCCAAAUUGGCUUACAAACAAGAACACGCGAUACUCAAUGAAACAUGGAUUGAGAAAUUCCAGAUCACGAAGAUUACAGCAUAUGCAUACAACAAGUGCAUAGACGAAGCAGCUGCAAGGCCUAGCGAACAGGCUACUUUGGCAUGA